GCGCACUCGCAGCUCCAUGCUCGGUAUAUAAAGGAGGACAACGGCGGGUGAAGGACGGCUGGGAAGGCAGAGUCCGUGUUUGUAAAUAAGACCGUUAAAAUCUGUGUUUUAUUUACAAAAGUUAUGCCGGCUAUUUUUAAGUGUCGUGCCCAGUUGUUUUAGAUCGUUUUUUAAUUUAUUUUUUUGCUGUUAUUCCUCGCUUGAUUUGUGUGGUUUUACACUACGCGUAAUGGCGAGCUCGGCUAACUCGAAUCAAGUGCCUAAACUGUACAGGUCUGUGAUUGAAGAUGUUAUCAACGAGGUCCGGGAGCUCUUCCUGGAUGAGGGGGUGGACGAGCAGGUCCUCAUGGAACUCAAAACGCUGUGGGAGAACAAGCUAAUGCAGAGUAAGGCAGUGGAGGGCUUCAACACAGAGGAGCAGGCUGCCCUCCAGGCAGCAGCCCAGCAGCAGGCACAACAGGCCCAGCAGGCCACCCAGCAAGCCCAGACACAGCAGGUCCUCCUGCCCCCGCAGCAGCAAGUGACGAGCUGGCAAUCGACCCGGCCUACUGUCACCAGCGCACCCCAGCAGCAAGUCAUUGUGCAGGAUCCUAAAAUUCUGCAGCAUAUGAGUGCAACAGGGAUGAGUGCAGCAACCACAGCAGCAACCUUGGCCUUACCAACAGGAAUCGGUCCCUACCAACAACUCAUCACUAGCCAAGGCGGCAAUUUGCCCCAGACUAUAUAUCUUAAAACAGUGGACGGUCAGAUCCUCCAGGUGCUGCGUGCGGCUAACGGGACCCAGUACAUUAUCCAGCCUCAGCAGCAGAUGGUCCUUCAGCAGCAGGUCCUUCCUCAGAUGCAGCCUGGCGGUGGGCAGGCCCCCGUUAUACAGCAGGUACGCCCCAUCACACAGGUACUGGCUCCUCUCCAGGGAGGACUCCCCCAGGUGCUGGCUCCUCUACAGGGAGGCCUCCCCCAGCAGACAGGAGUCAUCAUCCAGCCUCAACAGGUCAUCCUCACUGGGAACAAGGUCCAGCAGAAUGCACAGGUAAUGCAGAUGACAGGCCAGCCCGGUCAGGUGCAGCAGAUCCAGCAGCAGGUUCAACAGGUCCAGGGCGGAGCUGCACCAGGAGGCCCACAGCAACAGCAGCAGAUCCAGCAGCAGGUCCAACAAGUUCAACAGGUCCAGGGCGGAGCUGCACCAGGAGGCCAACAGCAACAGCAGCAGAUCCAGCAGCAGGUCCAACAAGUACAACAGGUCCAGGGCGGAGCUGCACCAGGAGUCCCACAACAACAGCAGCAGCAGCCUCCUAUGAUGCUGCAGGUGGACGGAGCGGGGGACACGUCCUCAGAGGAAGAAGAUGAGGAGGAAGAGUAUGACGAGGAGGAAGAUGAAGAAAAGGAAAAAGAUGGCGAGGACGGCCAGGUGGAGGAGGAGCCUCUGAAUAGUGAAGAUGAUGUGAGUGACGAGGAGGACCAAGAACUGUUUGAUACAGAGAAUGUGGUGGUGUGCCAGUACGACAAGAUACACAGAAGUAAGAACAAAUGGAAGUUCCACCUGAAGGAUGGGAUCAUGAACCUGAACGGCCGAGACUACGUCUUCUCCAAAGCAAUCGGGGACGCAGAGUGGUAAAACACACAGCACAAAGAAUGCGUCCCAAAUAGCACUCUAGUACCUAUAUAGUGCACUACAUAGGGAAUAGGGUGCCAAUACAUAGGGAAUAGGGUGCCAUUUGGAACACAGAAAGGAACACACAACAACAACAAAAACACCACGAAGGAACUCUGGAACUUUCUGUCAAGUUUGAGAAAGAGACUCAUCAAUAACUAUGACCCAGGGAAUCAUAUUUCAGCCAGAGGACCUGGGAUGGGCUGGUUUGGGAAGGAAAUAAACAUAACACACCACCCAAAACUGUGAUACUGACUGAUGCACAUCUGUAUGAAUGGUAUAUAUGUAUUAACACCCAAUACCCUUCAAGCCUCCCAAGACAAGCCACUGAGGAUUCCAUGCAGCACGGCCGAGGGAUCGAAGGAGAAAUCUUCUUAGUUUCUUUGUUUGACUGAAUUCACCUCCAUUUUGACCUGACUGUUUUCUCCCACUUCUAGUGGACCAGAUAUAACCACUGACUUGAGUUGACCCACCCUAAACACUUUAUGCCAAUAGGUUUGAAUCCAGGUCAAAGGUCAGAUAAAAUAUCCAGUGAUUGGACAGGGAGUCUUUCGAUCCCAGUUGUGUGCCUAGUGAUUGGCUAGGAAACACGUCAAUCAAUCCCAGUUUUUUUCAGUGACUGGGCACCACACAGUGAAGUUGACGCCAGUGUAUUGAGUUGAGAUGGCUGUUUGAAAAAGGUUGACGUUAUUACCUUCAUCUGCUUGUAGAUCUGGGUCCAUGUCACUGAUAUGAUAUUCCUGCCACAUGUUCUGAUGGUCCAUACUAAAAGUGCCCUCCUGUUUAUCUAGUUGAUAGUGAUAGCCACUGUGUUCAGCAGUCCAGUUCCCCUCCUGUUUAUCUAGUUGAUAGUGAUAUCCACUGUGUUCAGCAGUCCAGCUCCCCUCCUGUUUAUCUAGUUGAUAGUGAUGGCCACUGUGUUCAGCAGUCGAGCUCCCCUCCUGUUUAUCUAGUUGAUAGUGAUGGCCACUGUGCUCAGCAGUCCAGCCCCCCUCCUGUUUAUCUAGUUGAUAGUGAUAUCCACUGUGUUCAGCAGUCGAGCUCCCCUCCUGUUUAUCUAGUUGAUAGUGAUAUCCACUGUGUUCAGCAGUCCAGCUCCCCUCCUGUUUAUCUAGUUGAUAGUGAUAGCCACUGUGCUCAGCAGUCGAGCUCCCCUCCUGUUUAUCUAGUUGAUAGUGAUAUCCACUGUGUUCAGCAGUCGAGCUCCCCUCCUGUUUAUCUAGUUGAUAGUGAUAUCCACUGUGCUCAGCAGUCCAGCUCCCCUCCUGUUUAUCUAGUUGAUAGUGAUAGCCACUGUGCUCAGCAGUCCAGCUCCCCUCCUGUUUAUCUAGUUGAUAGUGAUAUCCACUGUGUUCAGCAGUCAAGCUCCCCUCCUGUUUAUCUAGUUGAUAGUGAUAUCCACUGAGCUCAGCAGUCCAGCUCCCCUCCUGUUUAUCUAGUUGAUAGUGAUAGCCACUGUGUUCAGCAGUCCAGCUCCCCUCCUGUUUAUCUAGUUGAUAGUGAUAUCCACUGUGUUCAGCAGUCGAGCUCCCCUCCUGUUUAUCUAGUUGAUAGUGAUAUCCACUGUGUUCAGCAGUCGAGCUCACCUCCUGUUUAUCUAGUUGAUAGUGAUAGCCACUGUGCUCAGCAGUCUAGCUCCCCUCCGGUUUAUCUAGUUGAUAGUGAUAGCCACUGUGCUCAGCAGUCCAGCUCCCCUCCUGUCUCUGUUUUAAUAUUGUUUUAUCAUGAUGAAGAACGAACACUAAAGGCAAAAGGAUGUUUUUAUUUUCUCUUGAGAGUGCCGAGUCUAUAUGUCUCUGAUUUCAAUCUGUCUGCUUCAUGCCCUAAUCCUGAAUCAUCCUAUUGUUGACCUUCACCUUUGUAAAGAAUCUACCAAUGAAUGGACAGAUACAAUUAUUGUAAAAACGUCUUCAAAACGCUUAUCUGAGAGUUUUACUAUUUUGUGGAUCCGGUCUUCUGAUUCAGUACCCGGUCAGUACAGCCAGUGGGAGAUUUGCACUGUCAGUGUCAAUGUAUCGAUCAGUACAGCCAGUGGGAGAUUUGCACUGUCAGUGUAUCGUUCAGUGGAAUUUAUCCACAGACACAACAUGCCCAAUCCUUCUGGCUUAUUAUUUGAGUGUUACUCGUUUGAGGUCUUGUCUGAGUUCACUGAUUGAUCUUGUCAUCAGUUGAAUGUUGUUGGAAUGGUCACCCACAUUCUCUUUCUGACGUUACAGUACAAAUGGAUCAGAUUUUUAUGAUUCAUUACGUUUCUUUUUUUGUAGAUGUUUUUGUUGUAUUUAUUCCUGAAAGCUCAGGCCAUGUUCUAUUUCUGAGAGUAAAAAGAAGACAGGAAGCCGCACCAAACUGUGCUCUUAUGACCGUAACCAUGUGUUGCUUUUCUCCCUAUGUUUUUCUGUUUGCUGGACUAGGCUCCAUCAUGCGCUGUGCUCCACGUCAUGACUGCUGUGUGUAUGUGUAGCUCUGUCUGUCUGUCUGUCGUGCACUUUUAAUCAUGAUGAUGAUUUUAUAAAAGUCCUCUUCACGCCAGGUUCAACUGGGAGGAAACUUGGCGUGUGUUCUCUGCAGUUUUUACAAAUAUUUUAACAGUACCCUUUGCAUAUUGUUUUCAGCUUUUCUUAGUGUCUUUCAUUCUGUUUGGGUUUAGUGUAUUUACACAUGGCUGUGCAGUCUGACACAAUGGCCCAACUCCCGACUAAAAUGAAGUCAUUCUGUUGAUGAACCCAUAACGGAACAUUUCAGAGAAUGUUCUGGGUCUAGAACAGAGUGGCUUCUCGUUCUAGAACAGAGUGGCGUCUAGUUCUAGAACAGAGUAUAUUCUGGGUCUAGAACUCAGUGGCUUCUAGUUCUAGAACAGAGUAGAUUCUAGUUCUAGAACAGACUAGAUUCUAGUUCUAGAACAGAGUAGAUUCUAGUUCUAGAACAGAGUAGGUACUAGUUCUAGAACAGAGUAUGUUCUGGGUCUAGAACUCAGUAGCUUCUAGUUCUAGAACAGAGUAGAUUCUAGUUCUAGAACAGAGUAUGUCCUGGGUCUAGAACAGAGUGGCGCCUAGUUCUAGAACAGAGUGGCGCCUAGUUCUAGAACAGGUUGGUGUCUAGUUCUGGAACUCUUGGCUUAGACAUACAGUAGCAUAUGACAUAAGCCAGAGCCACUUUUCUGCUCAAGUGGUUUUGGAAUAAAUGGCUCCUGCUCAAGUGGUUUUGGCCAUGUAUUCCAAAAUUAUUUUAUUUAAUUCCAUGUGUUCCAAUUCCCUGAUGUUUUAUUUUUUGUUUAACCUUUAUUUAACUAGGCAAGUCAGUUAAGAACAAAGUCUUAUUUUCAAUGACGGCCUUGGAACAGUGGGUUAACUGCCUGUUCAGGGGCAGAACGACAGAUUUGUACCUUGUCAGCUCGGGGACUUGAACUUGCAACCUUUCGGUUACUAGUCCAACGCUCGAACCACUAGGCUACCCUGCCGCCCCGUCAUAUCAUACACGUGCCUUUUGGAUUUUAAUUUGGCUUGCAGCUAUCCAAAUAUAUAACGAUAAAAUAAGCAUUUCAAAAGAGGAUGUCUCUGGAAAGUCUUUUUUCAUGUACCAUGAGUUUCAACUGCUGUUCAAAUAACUGUAUGUGAGGGAAAUGUAUUGUUUGUUUUAUAAAUCAUACUGUUGUUUUUUUUAUAUUUUAAAUCAAAAGAUCUUUGUAAAUGACCCUAACUUGGAAGGCUGUGCUUUGAAUACAACUAAUUAGAGAAAGUAGUAUUUUAUUGAACAGAUCCAUUGAGUUUUUUGCCUUUGCUAAAAAAUGUAUUAAAGUAAUAUGAGAACUG